AUGGAGAUGGAGAUGAAAAUGGCGAUGGGCCUUGUUACUACUUUAGAGAAGGCAACCCUAAUGUCAAAGCAACUUUUCUCCAAAUCCACCGCCACCGCCACAGACUCUGCUAAAAUCUAUGCCUCCCUCCAUGCUGCUCACUGGCAACUCUCUCUCAUCCUCUCUCACAUCGCACAACCCUCUGCAAAUGUAACUGAUGGAGAUGAUGCACCGAUGGAAGUUGCCGAUGAGGAGCAAAAACCGGUGGAUGGAGCAAGACAGGAGGAUUAG